GUGCUGCUCUAUCCUCAGUAAACAACAAUAUACAACACGUCAAUUACACAGUGUUAGACUCGUGCCUCCAUUUCCUGUUACAUCCCACAUGAACAUACAACUGUACAGACACACACUCACCGGAACUACAGAUCUGUUCAAGAGCAACAUUUUAAGGAAUUGCAACUAUCCUUUGUUGGGAUAAAGUUAAUUUCGGAAAGCUCAACACGAUGAACAAGUUACACCGGACGUGUUUGUGGCUGUUUUUUCUCUCUGUGUUGAUCAAAUGUGGUGCAGGAAAUGGGAUGUUUAAAAUGAAAGUACAAUCUGGAAAAGUUAUGUGUCCUAAUGAUUAUAAACUUCAUUUAAACGAUGUGCUAUUAGACGGGUUAGAAAUCCAUGAUAGCAACACUGGGGAGUAUUUGUGUAAGAAGGACGGUACAGAUACAAAGAUAUUUAUCAAAUUUCGCUCCUGUGAUAACUGUGUGGACCUGGAUGUUAUGUCUAUCACUGGGCUGAUCUUUGGAAAUGUGUUGGCGACAUUUGUGAUCGGCAUUUCUGUUUAUCUCAUUGCUAAACACGGCCAGAUCGGCACAACCACCAUGAACAAGAAAGCCUCUGACAAACAGCCCCUUGUUCAACCUGAUACAAGCGACGGUGUUUAUCAGCGCUUGAGAAAAAACGACCGAGACAUUUAUAAUGAAUUACACAAAUGAAUUACUGUUACAAGCCAUGCAUUGAUUUGCUUUGCAUUUUAUAAUGGCAAGCUUGAGACGUUGCUAAGAUAUUUUAAACACAGAUUAUCCAUUUCUUCCUCUGUUCCUUUGUAAUAGUGCUAUAAAUUACUCUUUGAAAUAUAUAUUUUCCAGUCUGCUGCCAUGUGGUCUGUAUUAUUAAAAAUAUUACAGUUUGGUGCACUUGUUGUCCUUCCUACCUUGUGUAUAAGAGUUGUGGGGGAUUUUCCAUGCCUUUUCAGUUUUCAAUAAAAUGUCAGUGUAAUAUGUUA